CUUCUUUUCUAUUAAUAGCCUUUUAGCACUUACUUCCAAAGCUUCUUUAUCCAUGGUGUUCAGAGCAAUUUAUUCACUAAAAUAACUCAACCUCUUAACUGCAUAAACUACCUUAUCCAAAGAGAAACUUUCCAUUUCCAAAAUCCAAACUUUUUUCUUCCUAAAAAUACAUAUAUUUUCCCCUGUUUCUUGAUGAUGAAUCAAUUGUAUUCUGUUAAAGAGGAGUUCCCGGGGUCAAGUUCUGGUGGGGGUGAGCCCCCACCGCUGACACCACAACCAAUGGAAGGGCUUCAUGACAUUGGUCCACCACCAUUCCUUACAAAGACAUAUGAAAUGGUGGAUGAUUCAACUAUAGAUCAUGUUGUUUCUUGGAACAGAGGAGGUCAAAGCUUCGUAGUCUGGGAUCCUCAUGCCUUUUCAACUACACUACUUCCCAGAUUCUUCAAACACAAUAAUUUCUCAAGCUUUGUCAGACAGCUAAAUACUUAUUAUUGGACAAUAUGUGGACUCCCAAACUGAGAUUUGAGAAGAAAGAGCACAAGCUAAUCUAAGUACUAUUACUUAUAUGUGUAACAUUGUAAACAUAUUUCCUUCCUAGCUACGUACUCUUGUUUUUGCUCAAGUAUUGUAUCUUUUGACUUAAUUUUGUGUGAAGAAGAGUGUAUGAUCAGUUCUAUAUAUAUGAAAUAAAACAAAUAUUAUUAGUAA